ACUAUUUUCUUGUCAUGUAUGCAACUAGAACUAUCAAUUUCCGCCGAUGUAAUGAGUAUUUGUAGAUAUUCUCAUUUUGGGUUUUUACCACAGCACAAUUGGAAAAUUUGGCAGUGCUUAUUGAGUGGGAAGACGUAACUUUGACACAUCAAAGAUUUACGUCUUUCUGCUGAUUUUGGAAUUGCAGAGCAGAUGCACACCGCUUUAUCACCACCUUAUUUGUGUUGUGUGCAUACCAUAUUUUCUGGUUACGUGGUUAGAUGCAGUUAGUUAUGAUAAAAAUAUGGUUGUGAACAAAGAUGCCUACAUUUUGGCAGUUGCAUAAACCAGAUACUCAUUUUACUUUUAUGGCUAUGGUUGAUAUGAGUCUUUAUUGCAGGUGCAGAAGGAGUCAUCAAGUUUGAUCAGUCGUGUCAUGGCCACAAAGAGGAGUCCAACACAACAACAAAAGCGUUCUUCUUUAUCAACCGACGAGUUAGAUAAACAGCGACGUCAGAUCCUUGUAACAAACUUUCCAAGCUCAAGCAUGGAUGAUCUCGUUGAUCAUUUUGUUGAGUUUGCUCCAGUUGAGCAUGCUGAACAAGUCGGAGAAAACAGUAAUUCCAUUGUUGUAACAUUUCGCAACAGGGUGGAUUCUGAGAUAGUGAGUGACAUUUAUUGGUUGGUAAUAAAGGCUAUUUGCUACUUAUUAAAUUUAGUUAUUCAAGCGUCUGUGGUGUGUUGUGUCAAGCAACAUUUUCUAAUGCACUCACAUUCAGGAAGAGUGUAUUCUGUAAAUGUUAAAGCCUAUCAGAGAGGUGUUUAUUUAGAAUAGGUUUGCUGAUGAGCCAUGAUGUCUGUCUGACAAGUGGUUUGGUAUGACUAGAUCUUCUGUUUCUUGCAUUUUUGAUAUUUCAGUUUACAUCUUAUAACAUUGUGAACUAUAUGUGAUCAGUCAUUAAGAUGUAAACUAGCAGAUUCUAACUUGUGACAAUAGUGGGUAUGUGGUGCUUAAGUGUAAAUGGCACUAACUACUGGUCAGCCACAAGAAACAGCUAGCAAUUUGGCAUUAUUGAGCACACUAAAUUCUUGUUGCACAUUAGUACACAUUUUGCAUGCACACGUAUGCAUGCGCGCGCGCGCACGCACACACACACACACACACAC